AUGACUCCUCAGAUCAGAGAGAGGGUACGACUCCUCAGAUCACAGAGAGUAAAUGAUUCCUCAGAUCAGAUAGAGGUAAUCAUGCAGUACUUUAAGCCGACUGCGACUAUAUGCCUGGUGAUCCCAUGGUUUAGGGAACUGGGCUUCGCAAUAGUUUACGGUGCAUUGAUUUUAAAGGUGUACAGAUUAUUGGCAGAGUUUCAGUCGCGUAAGGCACACAGAGUGCACGUGCGCGAUAAGGACCUUCUGAAAUACCUUUUGUGUGUAGUGGUGGUCGUACUGGGCUAUAUGUCAGCAUGGACAACGGUCACCCUUGAUCAUUUACGCGAAGGAAAGACUCUUUUAGAGAUGGGAUCAACCCCUGGGGAUGGGUUAAAGUACUCGGUUUGUAAAGCAGGUUGGUGGGACUACGUCAUAGAGAUAGCUGAGUUAACGUUCCUGUGUUUUGGGAUAUACAUAUGUUACAAAGUGAGAGCUGCGCCGUCCGAUUAUUCAGAGGGAACUUACAUCUCAGCAGCCAUCUGUUACGAAGCUGUUAUUUCUUGUAUAUUCUAUGUAUUAAGACAUGUAUACUGGUUAAAUCUACACCCCGAUUAUCUGUUCCUAAUGUAUUUUGUUCGCUGUCAGAUGACAGUCACAGUAACAUUGCUACUCAUAUACGGUCCCAAGCUUCUGUAUGCGCACCGGCCGCCCGAGAACCAUCAUUUACGUAAUAGGGCGUAUUCCUCAUCAGACGGACCGGACAGUAUGGGGCCGGAGUCCAUGAAACUUAACAUCGGCGUCUCCUCCAACGGAGACGUAGACGUCGGGGAAAUCAGCUUGGCGGACAUGGAUCCUGAGGAUAUACGUGCUGAAUUGAAGCGUCUAUACACACAGCUACAAAUAUAUAAGACUCGGACAAUGAGAAAAGAGAAUCGACAUAUUUCUAAACGUAGGGGUGGGAGAAAGCAAACACAUAGGCGUUUCUCGUUACAGCCAUUUCACCAUAAACACCGUCAUCAUCACGAUCACGACCACGACCACGAGAUGUCGAAAACACCCGAGGAAUCAACGAAUAGUGCCGAGGGAGUUCCGAUGGGUUUCGAAAGUGGCACCGGAAAUAAAUGUGAUGACGUUCAUGAAAAUGAGCAAAAGACCAGCGGCCAGUGUACAGUUACAUUUAAAAUGGGACACAAGUAGAUAAUAUCACACAACA